AUGCUGCCACUGAAGCAGAUUGUACUGGUGUUGUCAAUCUUCCUUGUGGUGGCAGUAAACGGCGCAGAUGACCCUGACAUAUUCAUAAAUGAUGAUUCAACUCUGGACGAAAUGGUCACGUUUUACUUCAAUGAUGGUGUUAGGCAUGACUGCUUCCCUACAACUACAACUACCUCUACCACCACCUCCACUACCACCACCACUACCACCACCACCACCACCACCACUUCCACUCCUAGUACAACUGAUUUCACUACUACUGACACCACUAGUACAAAUGCUUUCACUACUUCUGACAAUCCUGGUACAAAUGCUUUCACUACUUCUGACACCCCAAGUACAAAUGCUUUCACUACUUCUGACACCCCUGGUACAACUGCUUUCACUACUUCUGACACCCCUGGUACAAAUGCUUUCACUACUUCUGACACCCCUAGUACAAAUGCUUUCACUACUUCUGACACCCCUAGUACAAAUGCUUUCACUACUUCUGACACCCCUGGUACAAAUGCUUUCACUACUUCUGACACCACUAGUACAAAUGCUUUCACUACUUCUGACACCCCUAGUACAAAUGCUUUCACUACUUCUGACACCCCUAGUACAAAUGCUUUCACUACUUCUGACACCCCUGGUACAAAUGCUUUCACUACUUCUGACACCACUAGUACAACCGCUACCACCACAACUGACAUUCCUAAAACUACCACUACCAUUCCUACAACCUCAACCUCCUCCACUCUCACUGAAUAUCUAUCAACAAGCGAGUCACCGACCACUAGUACCGCCAUCGCCACCACUUCUACUGUCACUACAACUGAAUCUCCACAAACAACCGUAACAGAGUCAGCAACGACAAUGGAGGCAAAUGAAACAACUACUACCAAUGCAUCGACAAACGCAACCGAAGAUCAGCCUGGUUUACCCUUGCUGCCCGUGCGUCCACAGGAAGCCUACUGUCAAUAUGACUGCUUCUCAACUAGAGUCUGUUAUUCAGGAGCUAAAGGUAGAACUCUCAGUGAAGAAAACGACGCUUUCGUCUACCAUUCGUAAGAAGACCAGCGCACAAGACAGCCGCCCUUCCUCUAAAGCGAUUGGAAUGGUUGGAGCACUGUUCCUGAUUAUCCCAUUUAUUUUCAUUGUUAUUCUUGAUUUGACGAGGCUCUGCCAACGCCUCUAAAUGUGUCGGGUACCGCAGACGAAGCCCCAGGUGACUCUUUCUAAUCGAAUUUGCCUUUUCGAUAUCUCCUCAGAACUCCCUGGACAAUUUUACUGACAUUUUCCUUGGUCAUGGCAUGGCCAAUCAUGCGUCAAAAUUGUGAGUUACGUCAUCAGCGUGACCGGAGGGUCAAAUUGGCGUCAAGGUCAAUGUUUUCUUGUGAUGUGAUAACGUUAGCUUUAGUUUGUAUAAGAAAAUGAUAUUUUCAUAUAUAUUCUUUUUCAUUUUUUAAGGACAUUAAUUUCAGCAUGACUUGAAUUAUAACUCUGGGAUGCCAUUUUGAUAUCAUGAAACAGGGACUGAUGGCAGACCCCAGAAGGACAAAAAUUGACCUCGGGUUUCGUGUUUAUAUUUGUGUUGAUUAUAUUUCGAAACCAAAUCAACCACAAUUUGUCAAAACGACUAUAACUGUAAAAAUCACUGUUUGAAAAUAUUAUUAGGCUUAAUUUUUUUUUAAUGUAUCGUAAAACUAAUUACGAAUAUUGAAAGUGUUUUGUAAAUAUCUAAAUAAGUGCAAAAAAUAGCAUUACAACUCGAAAGAUCCUACAAAAAUGCAUAAAGCAGAAACUCAGAAGGUGCGUGUAUCGAUUAUUUCUAAAACCUAUUUCUCCAUAGUAUAAGUAAUCACCAUUUAAUUUAUAGUUGCUUUAAUGAGUAUGAAAUCUACACUUAUAGUCACUUAUAGUAUGUAUGAAAUCUAUAUUUAUAGUUGCUUUAAUGAGUAUGAAAUCUACUGCUAUAAUCACUUUAAUGAAUAUGAAUGAGUAUGAAGUCUACAUUUAUAG